CGGCGGGCGGCGGGCUGUAUGUAAAUCUCUGCGCCCCAAGUCCUAGGUACUAAGGACCAGCCCCCGCGCUCCGGCCCUCACGUCCAAUAAGAAGCGCCCCCGCUUGACACCUGCCUAUAAACAGGGAGCGCCCGCCGCCCCUCGCACAGCCCGCCCGCAGCCCGCACCGCCACGCCGCGCCGCCGGGCGACAGACACGCACCAUGACCUCCAGCAAGAUCGAGAUGCCCGGCGAGGUGAAGGCCGACCCCGCCGCGCUCAUGGCGUCCCUGCACCUCCUGCCAUCGCCCACGCCCAACCUGGAGAUCAAGUUCACCAAGAUUUUUAUUAACAACGAGUGGCAGAACUCCGAGAGCGGGAGAGUGUUCCCUGUCUAUAAUCCAGCCACGGGAGAACAGGUGUGUGAAGUUCAAGAAGCAGACAAGGCGGAUAUAGACAAAGCGGUGCAGGCAGCCCGCCUGGCUUUCUCUCUUGGUUCCGUGUGGAGAAGGAUGGAUGCUUCUGAAAGAGGCCGUCUGCUGGAUAAGCUCGCAGACUUGGUGGAACGGGACAGGGCCGUGCUUGCGACCAUGGAAUCCCUCAAUGGUGGCAAACCGUUCCUGCAAGCUUUUUACGUGGAUUUGCAGGGGGUCAUCAAAACCCUUCGGUAUUACGCAGGCUGGGCUGAUAAAAUUCACGGGAUGACCAUUCCUGUAGAUGGAGACUAUUUUACCUUCACAAGACAUGAACCCAUUGGAGUGUGUGGACAGAUCAUCCCGUGGAACUUCCCCCUGCUGAUGUUUGCCUGGAAAAUUGCUCCAGCUCUGUGCUGCGGCAAUACAGUAGUUAUUAAACCAGCAGAGCAAACACCACUCAGCGCGCUCUACAUGGGAGCCCUCAUCAAGGAGGCUGGCUUUCCACCAGGAGUCGUCAAUAUUUUGCCAGGAUAUGGGCCAACGGCUGGGGCAGCAAUAGCGUCUCACAUUGGCAUAGACAAGAUUGCGUUCACAGGGUCUACUGAGGUUGGAAAGCUUAUCCAAGAAGCAGCUGGAAGAAGUAAUUUGAAACGAGUAACUCUGGAACUUGGCGGGAAAAGUCCCAAUAUUAUUUUUGCAGAUGCUGAUUUGGACCACGCGGUGGAGCAGGCUCACCAGGGCGUGUUCUUCAACCAAGGCCAGUGCUGCACGGCGGGCUCGCGCAUCUUCGUGGAGGAGUCCGUCUACGAGGAGUUCGUGAGGAGAAGCGUGGAGCGGGCCAAGAGGCGCAUAGUGGGGAGCCCCUUUGACCCCACCACGGAGCAGGGACCCCAGAUUGAUAAGAAGCAGUACAACAAGAUCCUGGAGCUCAUCCAGAGCGGUGUGGCCGAGGGCGCCAAGCUGGAGUGUGGAGGCAAGGGGCUGGGCCGGAAGGGGUUUUUCAUCGAGCCCACGGUGUUUUCCAACGUGACUGAUGACAUGCGCAUUGCCAAGGAGGAGAUCUUUGGCCCUGUUCAGGAAAUCCUGAGGUUUAAGACUAUGGAUGAAGUUAUCGAAAGAGCCAAUAACUCUGACUUUGGACUCGUAGCUGCUGUCUUUACCAAUGACAUCAACAAGGCCCUCACAGUGUCUUCUGCCAUGCAAGCUGGGACUGUUUGGAUCAAUUGUUACAAUGCCUUAAAUGCCCAGAGCCCCUUUGGGGGAUUCAAGAUGUCUGGAAAUGGAAGAGAAAUGGGUGAAUUCGGCCUGCGGGAGUACUCCGAAGUGAAGACUGUGACAGUCAAGAUCCCCCAGAAGAAUUCCUAAGGAGGCCAAGAGGGAAGUUGGAUCAAUAGUUUCUCCUGUACCCCAGCCCCCACUGCACCACCGGUGGCUCCCCCCCCCCCCCCCCCAGUGCUAUGGGUGUUGGCCUCUCAUGCCUUAAAACGCCCCAGUUCCACUGGCAGGAACCUUGGGAAAUCUGGCCGAGCCUGGCGGUCUUCUUUCCCGUUGGCACAGUACCAGUGUACCCCGGUCUCCUCGCUGCACCAGAACUCCUCUGCCACUUGCAGUGGCCCCUGCCGGGCCCCAGGGCCCCAAGCUGAACUCCAUCUUGCCUCUCCGCCUCUUGAGCGGGGAGAGAAGCAGGCUGGCCCCUUUCCUCCCAGCCACGCACUCCUCUCCCGUGAGCCCACCAGUGUGAUGUAAGCAGUGUCCGCUUUCUUUCCUUCUCCUCUCCUUCCAGCUGCCAAAGCCAACCCCAUCUCUAACCUAGAGGAAGAUCACUUAUUUAAAAGUACCCAACAUAACCUAGAAUAUAUGGAAUGUGGGCAACACAUAUAUAGCCUUCUGUAUUUAACUGUUUCUGCUUCCUAACCACACCGGGUUCCCUUUCUAACCCUUGUCUGUCCACAUUUUAAAGAAACCCCUCCUCGCUGUUACUUACCUACGACAGUGCAUUCCGUGGCCCGACGCCUCGAGGGAUGCCACGUGUCCGACCCUCCGUGUGAAUGUCAUGCUCUCCCCUUAUAGCUUGUGCCCAAGUGAACAUACCCGUUAACCAGCUAGUUACCUUCAAACUGCGAUAUAGAAUGUGAAGAUGAAGAUUUAUUUCUUUUAAUUUACUUAAGAAGAAACCUCUGUGCUAGCAAUAAAGCAUUUAUAUUGUGUACUC